AUGUAUCCGUAUUCUCCUGGUUCACUAAGAGAUUAGAGUAGACUGGCUGACUUAAAAAAGACUGACAUUUAUUAAAAUAGAAUAUCAAAUGACUACAAAUCUUUAUCAAAUAGAUUCUCGGUUAGAAUGCCAAAACCUUCAGUAGAGUACUCAAAGGGAAGGCAUUCUUCUCGGUUAAUAUUCUCCGAUAAUAAUGAAAAAAGUACCAAGUUCAAAUCUAAUACCUUAGAAGAUGAUCUCCUUAAAAAGAAAGUCUUCAAGAAGCAACUUAUCAUAUUUUGGCUAAGCUAUAUCGUAAACUUUGUAGGACUUAUGGGGUUUACAACUGAGUAUAUUACCAUCACAUUUUUCAACUUUGAGAGUUUGAAAAAAGGAACAGCUAAGAUUGACGAAGAGUAUAUGUAAAAAGAGAUGAUUAAUAUAAAUAAAAACUUCAUUCCUAUUGGGUAGUAAAAUACUCAACCUUUGAUGUAUCAUGAUAUUUAAGUUAUACUAUUGGCGGUAGGAGUUACAUUUUUACUAGUUGGGACAAUGCUUGAGCAUCUAAAAAGACCAGACAUUGCAAUAACUGCGCUAUUAAUAACUUAUUCGGCAUUCAAAAUAAUUUUUGGAAUUUAUGAUUAAUUUAUCGGGAACAAGGAGCAUUAGUUCUACAUUGAGGAUUAUGAGCUGGUUCACAUUAUUAUUUGUGCAAGGCUUGCUUUAGCUACAGUAUUCAUUGUCGACGAGGGGUUUUUAAUCAAUGAAUAAGCAAUUAGUUUGACCUCAUAAACAAAUCAGCAAGUCAAAUAGAUUAUUUUGCUUGAUGAGUUUUUUGAAAACUGUUCAAUUAGUGCCUCUAGUUAGAAAUUUAACAAAAAGCAUGAUGGUUUCUAGAAGAAUUACAACCUAAAUGAAAAAGAAAAAGAAAAAAUAUUGUAGAGAUACAAAGCACCUACGUACCUCGAGUGUCUCAAAUAUCCUGGAUUUUUUAGACUUAUUCUUUGUGGCUCUUUUUAAUUCUUCAAAUAUAGGAUCAUAAACAAAAAGCUUAUCCUUUACAAAGCAUCUGAAUUUAACAUUUUAGCAGGAAGUUUAUUUAUGGUAACUGUCAUACUCUUUACUAUUGAAGGGCAAAUAACUUAUACACUUUACUAUUCGCUAUGUAUUUAUGGACCAUUCGAUUUUGCUAAGGUUGCAAUGCUCAAAUAUAACAGAAAAUAUACUUCACUACUAUUUGGCAUAAUGUGCGGGACUUUAUAUAUAUUUUAAGCUUUGAUUUUCGACACCUAUAUCUAUCUGGUACUGGAUGAUAGAUAUUACACUUAGUAGUCAUUCUAAAUAAUAUCAAAAUCUGUAGAAGCGUUCUUAAGUAUAGCCUGCAUGCUUGCUAUCUUAAGGUUUGUAAGAGAAGAAAGAAUGGAGAUAAAGAUUAUCUCUCAAGGGAAGUUUAAUGCAAAGCAUGAGACGAUUAACUUUUUCAACUUGAUGGCUAGAGCCCCUUCAAUUACAACUCUCACUUAAGUCUAAGUAGGAGGAAUUUAGCUGAUAGGAAAAUAGAUGCCAAGUAAGUACAGAAAGGUCAGAAUGAAUACAAAUAAUAUGGAAAUUUUCUAAAGAUUCCAGGCUGGCCUACAGUUUCAAUUGGUGACUAUAACAUUUUAUGAAAAAACUGAAGAUCAAAAAAAAAAGGAUAUUGGGGUUUAGGACAUAUAGGUAGUCAUGCUUUCUUCAGUUGUAAUGUAUUUGAUCUUAGGUAUGGUACUAGAAUAUAUAAGAAGAUCAGAUAUUCUUAUUCUUAUAAUGUGUACUAGCCUUGCUGUUCUUAAGAUCGCGGUUGGAAUAUAUGAUAUUUAUGCAGAUAAAGAUGCUGAGUUUUUAAAUAAUAAUAAUCUUCAUUUAGUUCACUUCAUUGUAAUACUUAGACUAGCAAUGAGUACUAUAUUCUUGACUGGAUUAGCUAAAUGGUUUAGUGUAAUUUUAUUAUUCAUGGUUGUGAUUAACUAUCUUUACUACAUCUUCGAUCCGAUAGAUGCUGAUCUGCUAUUAAAUGAAUAGGCUAUAGUGCUUUCAACUAAAUACAUAGACUAGUAUAAAACAGUAAUUUCAGUUGAGGAUUUCUUUGCCUAAUACCACAUGGAAAAGACUGACUCUAAAUACUCCAUUAGAUUUGACGAUUAGGGUUAAAUUAAGAAACCUUAUAGUAUUUAAGAGCAAUAGAAAAAUCAAGAUGAGGAGGCUGAGGAGAAAAUCCUUAAAAGGUGGAAGGUCCCGAGCUUCUUAAGCACUCUCAAGAUUAAUGGAGUACUAAGAAGUUUACUUUGCCAUUCUAUUUUGUUUUUCAAGUUUAGGUUUAUCAAUAAGAUUCAAAUUGUUGCUACUUAAAAUGUUAUAAGCAACGAUAUUUUGAUUGUUAUCUAGUCUUAAAGAGGUUCAAAGGAAGGAGGUAAUUUUAUUAUUCUUUAAAAUAUUUUAACUAGAACUCAACUCAUGGUAUUUUUUAUGGGACUGCUUGCAUUACUAGAGCUUAUAGAAAUUAUUUGCUACUUUUUAGAGAUAAUUGAUGUUACUUCUAGAUUUUGGAUUUCUAUGGGUUAUUUUGAGGGUAUAGUAAUCUAUAGUCUCUAUUAUAUGCUUUGCAUAUGUGGUUCAAUUGAUUUAGCAAAGAUAUAGAUGCUUAGAAAUAAUGUGAAAAUAGUUGGAAUGCUAUAUUGUUAUCUUUAAGGAGUCUAAACUCUGAUUUAAACUCUCUUUUUUGAUUAUUUGAUUAACAAUUACAUAAAAAAUGGCUUUUAUGACAACUCAGUGUAUUUUUAUUUAGUAAAUUUCAUUUCAUUCUUUUGUUCAUUAGUUGCACUCUAUGCAAUUUAUGGGACGCUAGAAAAAGAAAUAUCAGAGUUAAAAUGUAUUCCUGAUACAAGAGAGAGAACUUAAUCUAGAGAGAAUAAGUUACUUAUGGCAAGUGGUUCUGGUAAUUAUGAUACAUAAAAUAGUGAUGAGGAAAUCCAAGCUAAUGAUAAAAAUCUUUAAAAUGAUGAUGAAAGUAUUGACACAAGAAGCUUUCAAGAGGCACGAAUUAGAUUAUCAAUAGAUUAUAAAAGAACUAAUAAAAAUAUAUAAAUUAACAAAAGCUGA